AUGAGUGAGAAAACAAAACUUUCGAAAGUACGAGAUAUCCUUGAUUUGGUGGACGAAAUGGGACAAGGUCAUUCAGACAAAAGGUAUUCCUUAAAAACAAAAAGAAAAGAAGAGAAGAGAUUACUUUAUCUUGGUGUGAAGAGAAGAAAAACAAAGACGCUCACAAAAGAGCAGAGUACCUGCGAAAAACCUGAAAAAAUAAAAUUGACCAAAGCUGUUAUCGACCCUUCUCGUUUAAACGAGUUUGCUAAAAGAUCUGAGAUGGUUUCUUUCUUCAAGUUGUUUGAUGACGACCUUAUCCAAGAUUUUCUCUGGAUGGACUCUUGCACAAGAAUAUCAGACAAAUAUUUGCUCGCAAUGGUCUACGUCUAUUUCAAACGGGCCGAGCUCACCAGAUUUGAAUACACAAGAGAUAAUUUUUUCCUGGCUUUGUAUUUGGCAAAUGACAUGGAAGAAGACGACGAGGAUGUAAAAUUUGACAUCCUUCCUUGGGCAUUGGGCCAUAAAUGGAGCGAUUUAUAUCCCAAGUUUUUACAGAAACGCGAUAGAUUGUGGAAGAAAAUGAACUACAGGGCAGUUGUGAGUUGUAGGACUUGUGAAGAGGUCAUGUCCAUAGUGCCUGGUCAUCCAAUAUGGAAGCGAACAAGAAAACCUCAUCACGGUGGAGCAUUUCCCGACAUAUCUAUAGAUGAUGUCGAUGUGACUCCUCGUGGGCCAGGAUCUAGUCCCUUAUAUUGUAAGGAAUGUGAUGACUUAAAUGAUUCUGGAUCUUCUGGUUACCUAUCUUCACCUCAGUCUAAACAGGUGUUUUUCAAAGGUAUAGUUAACGUUCAACCUGAUAUUGAAUUGGUUCAAUUGGCUCAUAAUUGCGCUCAAACUAAGUUCAUUAUCCUCACCAUCACUUCUCUAUUGAAAAGGGAAUAAAAAAGCGAAGAAAAAUUCUGUUGAAAAUGAAGAAUAAGAAAACAAGUGUAUUUUGAUAUUUAUGAUGACGUCAGUUCCGUCUAAAGAAAAGGAAUAAUCAUUGAAUGGACAAGUUUAGAAACAGUGUUUCCACCAUGUACUCAUUAAUUAAAUUGUACAUAAAUCAUUUAUUAUUAAAAAAACAUGUCGUAGUACAUAUAAUCAAAUAGAUUAAAAAAUGUUGUUAAAAUAGAAUCCGCCAUAACUGAAUUUAAGCAUGUAAUAACUAAUAAGCGAACAGUUGUAAAUUUACGCUUGUUUUCAUGUUCAUAAAGAAAACCUAUUCUUCAUUUGAA